AUGGCCGUGUCUCAUCAGUGGUUUGUUCAGUGGUCUUCCCCAUCUUUGGUUUUCGCCGAUAUAAGUAGGGAGUUCAACAAUAUUAACCCUAAUUGGAAUUAUAAGCAAAACUACCGGAGCCCUUACAGACAACAGUCUCCAGUCAAAGAACAAUAUUAUUAUGGUGAUAAGGCUAAUUAUGGAAAAAGUCAGAGUGAAAAUGAUUACGAAUUGGAUAGAUCAAAACUUAACGAUCACACCCGUGUAGCAGGCGUUACUUUAUGGCUUGCGAUGCUAGGACUUGCUCAUCCGCAAUCGGUGCCAACUGACACUGAUACCCUGCCUUUCAACACGUUGUACAAGUGGAAACAAGUGGACUUCGAAUUCCCUUCAGAGAGACAUCGAAAUUACGCGAUUGCGAACGGGGAUUACGUUCCAGCAAAUGUUCUGCCAUUGGGUUUGGAAGUUUGGGGCUCCCGUGUAUGGGUAACAUUGCCUAGCUGGAGGCGUGGUGUCCCUGCCACGCUGGCGACGGUAUCUCGUACCGGAGGAGUAACAUCGCCACGCCUCAAGCCGUAUCCCGAUUGGAGUUAUCAUGGAGCCCAAAGUAAAAGCAGUAAUUGCUCAGGCCUAACAUCUGUUUUCCGAAUGAGCAUUGACCCAUGCGGAAGAUUAUGGGUCUUGGAUUCUGGUCAAAUAGAUUCGCAGGAUGAUCCGAAACAAAUAUGUCCACCAAGCAUCAUCGUUUUUGAUUUAAAAACUGAUUUGCCCAUCGCCCGAUACAUUAUACCGAAUGAAUAUGUGCUUCAAGAUUCUUUAUACUCAAAUAUUAUUGUUGAUACACGGAUGGAAGACUGUUCGGAUCUGUAUGUCUAUAUUGCAGAUACGUGGCGCUUCGGGCUACUAGUUUUUCGCGAAAGCGACGAAAGCUUUUGGCGAUUUUCGCAUCAUCUGUUCUUUCCAGACCCACUGGCUUCUAAUUAUACUUUACAUGGUUUGAAUUUUCAAUGGUCCGAUGGAAUUUUUGGUCUCGCACUGUCUUCUUUAGAUGAAAAUAAAGAACGAAUAUUGUUCUUUCACUCCAUGUCGAGUUACAGAGAAUUUUUCGUGAAGACAUCUAUUUUAAGAGAUUCUUCUCGUGUGAAUAAUAGUGCAACUGAAUUCCAUCUGCUCGGUGAAAGCCGGGGACUUUAUGGCCAAUCUUCAGCUUCGGCGAUUGAUAGCAGAGGUGUCAUGUUCUAUGGUUUAGUUACAAGAGAUAGUAUAGGAUGUUGGGAUACGAGUAAACCAUAUCUAAAGAGAAACACAGGAGUGGUCGCAAUGAAUAAAGAAACUUUGAUUUUUCCUAAUGACGUAAAAGUCGAUCAAGAAGUGCGACAAAGUGUUUGGGUUAUAUCAAACCGGCUGCCAAUGUUCCAAGCUGGACCUCUGAAUCCUGAUGACUAUAAUUACCGCAUAAUGUAUGCGGAUACAUCGGAAGCUGUGCGGGGAACUGUGUGUGAUCCGAAUUUUUUGCCUAUGCUUUUGAUACCAUUAUUCUUCGUGGUGUACCUAGCAACGCAUGUAAAUUCUUAUGGUCAACAAGAUCCGCUAGGUACUCUCUAUCGAUGGAGGCAAAUCGACUUCGCUUUUCCAACUGCGCGACAUCGCCAACUGUUUCUACAGAACGGGCAAUUUAACCAAAUCAACGUAAUUCCGUUGGGUGUCGAGAGAUGGAAAGACCGUCUUUUUGUGAGCACUCCACGUUGGAAACGAGGGGUCCCGGCGACAUUAUCAGCGCUACCUGUCUCUGCUCAGGAAGAAUCUCCUUUGCUGGCUCCGUUCCCUAGUUGGGACUGGCAUACUGCAGGUAACUGCACCGGAUUCACAUCAAUCUUCAGAAUGAGUAUAGACCACUGUGGUGUCAUGUGGGCCCUCGACUCUGGACAAGUAGAAGCUUUCGAAACACCGCGCCAAUUAUGUCCGCCUACUCUAUUUGCCAUAAACUUGGAAACAGAUACCGUUAUCGGACGGUUCCCUAUACCCAGCGAAUUUGUUUUACAAAAUUCAUUAAUAACAAAUCUCGUAGUUGACACAAGAGAUGCUCAAUGUAAGGAUUUACACGUUUACAUUGCGGAUGCAUGGCGUUUUGGACUCAUUGUUUUUAGAGAGUCCGAUGAAUCGUUCUGGAGGUUCAGUCACUACACAUUCUACCCUGAACCAUUGUUAUCAAAUUACACACUUCACGGAUUAAACUAUCAAUGGUCAGAUGGUCUAUUUGGGAUGUCUUUAGGCCAAAUGAACCGCGGAGAUCGACCUCUUUAUUAUCAUUCAAUGUCUAGCUCUCUUGAGUUCGUAGUACAAACUUCAGUAAUACGGAAUCCUUCGCGCGUUAAUAACGCUGUUGAUGAGUUUAAACUUCUCGGCGAGAGUCGUGGUUUGAAGGGACAAGUGUCCGCUUCAGCUAUAGACCGCAACGGUGUCAUGUUCUUUAACCUCAUUUCGCUAGACAGUAUCGGGUGUUGGAAUACGCGCAAACCGUACGAGAUUGAAAAUUUAGAUAUUGUUGCUCAAAAUAAUAAUACACUGGUAUUCCCUAACGACUUACGAAUAGAUCAUGAAGUUCCUCAGAUUAUCUGGAUAAUUACCAACAGGUUACCUAUGUAUCAAUUUAAUUUAAUUGACCCAAAUCAGUAUAACUACAGAUUGAUGUAUUUGGAGCCAAAUACCGCUAUUCAAAACACUGCUUGUCAGAAUUAA